AUACUCCUAGUACUAUUUUAAGGAUGAAUUAUGCUACUCUUGUUGAUGCUAUUACUAAUAAUCUUUACAGAGUAACAAAUGGACUAUAUGCUAAAGGACUGAUACCAAUGGAAACUGUUAGUCAUAUUCAAACAGCAAAUGCAAUAUCUGAUAUUGUUAAAUCCGGACAACUAAUGUCUGUACUACAAAAACAGCUAGAAGCUUCUUCUACUCCUGAACAGUACCUAACUGAAGUAUGCCAUAUAUUAAUAAACCAACAACAUCGUACACUAACAGAUAUUGCUACCUCUAUAUUACACCAGUUAGGUAAAUCUAAACUUGUUAAUGUUGGUUCACAUACUGCACUACCAUCACCACUUCAUGAUGAAUCCAAAGCACCAGUUACCAAUAGAAGAG